UGGUGGGUGUGGCCUUCUGCAGAGGAAGGGAGGCCAAAAUGUCUGGUCUUGAUUCUAAUUCUGCAGAUGGCCUUAGCUUGAACUUCACAGGGGAGCCAAUUGUUUGUUACUCGCCAACCAUGAUCACGGCUGGCGGAAUUUGGGAAGGUGACAACCCCCUGGACUACUCCCUUCCUCUUUUCACCUUGCAGCUUGGCCUGAUCGUCAUUAUCACUCGCAUUCUUGUCUUUAUCCUAAAGCCCUUCCGCCAACCCAGAGUCGUGUCUGAAAUCCUCGGAGGUGUGAUUUUGGGCCCAUCUGUCCUUGGGAGGAGCAAGACCUUUACUGAGAUUGUAUUCCCGUUGAGGAGUAUCACGUUGAUAGAGACAAUGGCAAACGUAGGACUUCUCUACUAUUUGUUUCUAGUUGGAGUGGAGAUGGACCUCACCAUGAUUAAGCGCACAAAGAAGAAAGCAUUUUCCAUCGCUAUUGCUGGUAUGUUCCUGCCAUUUGCCAUCGGAAUUAUAUUCAUGUCCUUCACAAGCCAAAACACCGGUGUGAGCCAUAGCACUUCAUCUAUAUUCUACCUAGCAGUUGCCCUCUCUGUAACUGCCUUCCCAGUGGUAGCACGCAUCUUGGCAGAGCUUAAACUCCUCAACACUGAGUUGGGGAAGAUCGCCAUGUCUGCAGCCCUUGUUAAUGAUAUGUGUGCAUGGAUAUUACUUGCUGUGGCCGUUGCCCUAUCUGGGAAUGAUUCAAACAACAUGGCCCCACUUGGCAUGGUGUUCACCACCAUCGGCUACGUCGGGUUUUGCAUCUUUGUCGUAAGGCCUGCCAUUGAAUGGAUCGUAGAACGCACUCCAGAGGGUGAGAACUUCAGUGACUUCCAUAUUUGCCUCAUCCUCACUGGUGUCAUGGUAUUUGGGUUCAUCAACGAUGCUGUGGGCACCCAUUCCAUCUUUGGUGCAUUUUUCUUUGGUCUUGUCAUACCCAAUGGUCAUCUCGGAGUUGUACUCAUUGAAAAGCUUGAAGAUUUUGUCUCAGGAUUGCUUCUUCCCCUCUUCUUCGCCGUUAAUGGCCUGAGAACUGAUGUCGGGGCUAUUCAGGGGUUUGGCAGCUGGUCUACUUUGAUCCUGCUCGCUGUCUUGGCCUGUCUUGGCAAAGUAUUUGGCACACUAUUCGUUUCUUUCUUAUACAAGAUGCCAAUGCGUGAAGGGGUUAGUCUUGGACUGCUGAUGAACACCAAAGGCCUUAUCGAAAUUAUCAUCCUCAACAUUGGGAGGGAACAUGGGGUUCUGGAUGAACAAUCAUUUUCAGUCAUGGUGAUUGCGGCGAUUGUGAUGACGAGCCUUAUCACACCCAUCGUGACGACUAUCUACAAACCCACAAGGCGAUUUUUACCCUAUAAGCGUAGGACGAUUCAGAUGUCGAAGCCUGAGAGUGAGCUCCGAAUACUGUCUUGCAUCCACAGCCCUCGCAAUGUCCCGACCAUCAUCAGCCUCAUUGACGCCGCUCAUCCUUCAAAGAAGUCCCCAAUUUGUGUCUACGCUCUCCAUCUUGUUGAGCUCACUGGUCGAGCCUCCGCCAUGUUGAUCGUCCACAACACUCGCAAGUUCGGUCACCCUGCUCUUAACCGCACUCAAGCGCAGUCAGACCAUAUCGUUAAUGCCUUCGAGAACUACAGGCAACACACUUCAGGCAUCGCCAUCCAGCCUCUCACGGCCAUCUCUCCCUACUCCACCAUGCAUGAGGACAUCUGCAACCUUGCUGAGGACAAGCGUGUUACGUUUAUCAUCCUUCCAUUCCACAAGCAACAAACAGUUGAUGGUGGUAUGGAGGCCACAAACCCUGCCUUCCGUAGUGUAAACCAGAAUGUCUUGGCCAACGCUCCUUGCUCCGUCGGCAUCCUUGUUGAUCGGGGCUUUACUAGGUCAGCAAGAGUGGGAAGCAACCACGACACUCACCACGUUGCCAUGCUCUUCUUUGGUGGACCAGAUGAUCGAGAGGCGUUGGCUUAUGCAUGGAGGAUGACAACCCACCCUAAUGUUAAGUUGUCAUUGCUACGCUUCCUUCCAGGGAAUGAUACCAGCGAAAUCAUAGUGGCAGCUGGCAAUGAAACUGAGGAUUCAAGUAUUUUGACAGUGGUAACCGACAACGAUAAGGAGAAGCAGCUCGACGAAGAAUACAUAAAUGAGUUCAGGCUAAGAACCGUCCACAAUGAGUCAGUCACGUACAGAGAGAAGAUUGUUAAAAAUGGGGAGGAGACUGUAGCGGCCAUACGGUCCAUUGAUAACAUACAUGACCUGUACAUAGUAGGGAGAAGCCAUGGUGUGGUAUCGCCUCUCACGGCUGGUCUCACCGACUGGAGUGAGUGCCCAGAGUUGGGGGCGAUUGGGGACUUGUUGGCAUCAUCGGACUUUGCAGCCACGGUAUCGGUACUUGUAGUGCAGCAGUACGCAGGGACAGGAAAUCAUGCAGAUGGGAUGGGGACAACAGACAGUGCAGCACAGCUCCAACAAAAUGAUCAAGACAAGGCAGGGAACGCAGGAGGUGGUACUUUUCAAAAUCAACCCCUGGCCAUGGAGGUGUAGCUAGCACUCAAGGGAAGGGGUGGGGCGACUUUUUAAAUUGGGUAGGGCUCCCAUUCAUCAAUAUAAUAUUGGUGUGGUUAGUAAGGAAUUGCUCUGAUAAUGUGGGAAACAAAAAACUACCUUGUUUGACAAGAAUUGUAAUGUAGAUAUCCAAAAGGGGAAAAAAAAAACAA